AUGUCAACCUCUGAUCCCGAAUCUUCGUUGUCCGGGGUGGCUUCCGUAAACCCACCCAUGCAUCCGGCUCUGCCUGACAGAAGUCCAGCCCGUCCCAACCAUCCUUCCUAUCCCAGGAGACAGAGCAGUCUCACGGAUGCCAGAUAUCCAGAUCAUCUCACUGGAUCCUCUUCGAUCAACCCGCAGUCCGUCACUGGUCGAGACGGAUCAACACCACAUUUGCCACCUUCCAUUGAUGCACAGGCGCGGCGAGACAUCAUCACCGCCAUGGACAGAAAGAGAAGGCUUACUAAUUCCGCCCAAGAUCAUGGAAGAAGGCGCCAGAUGCCCAUGGGUCUAGCUGACCGGGCGGUGCAGGAGUUACUUGAUUCGGACGAAGAGUCACCAUUUGCAGAGCGCCCCUCGGCGAACAGACACGGAGAGCAGCGUGAGGUGGUAGAUUUGACUGGAUCUUCUCCACCGCUAAAUGCUCCUCCGCAUCCUCCUCCUCAGGAAAGCAGGACGUCAUCUACCAACUCUAGGAGAUAUGUCGUACCGCACUGGCAACCUGACUCAGAGGUCUCCGAAUGUCCAAUCUGUUGGAGGCCAUUUACAUGGUUGUUCCGGCGUCAUCACUGUCGAAAAUGUGGUAGAGUAGUCUGCAAUGAGUGUUCGCCCCAUCGAAUCACCAUACCACGACAAUAUAUUGUCAAUCCACCAAGCCCCGAAGAGUCUGCAUCACCCACGGCUACUGAGGGAUAUAGGGUCGAGACCAUCGAUUUGACGGGCGAUGAUGAAGAUGGAGAUGGUCGGUUUGCGCGGAGACAUCUAGAAGGCGGUGAAAAGGUUCGCCUGUGCAAUCCCUGUGUGCCAGAUCCUCAACCAGACCCGCUGCCCAACUUACCUUCAACGGAGAAUCUUGAUCCAGAUCCUCGACCAACUGGUUCUCUCACCUCAAUGUUUCAAGGACCAAGAAGACCAUCGCAUACUGGGCCUGUCCGUCCUCCCAACCGCCAUCGUACGGGAACACUGCCAACGUUAAGCCCCAUGCCCACUGCAAACACGCCUACGUUUGGAUCAUUCACUGGUCGUCCGAGACCGUCAUCCAUGGUUGGUCCAUCAGCGAUGUUCCCACCUGGGUAUGAUCCGAGGUUUGGCCCACAUAAUAACCCACUUCCUCCUCUACCCUCUGGCAGCUCACAUUCUUCGAUGUAUGGUCAUGGACGAUAUGCAUCGCUAGAUUCACGAAAUCGAAUCGCGCCCGAGCCUUAUAGACGGUCUCGUGGUAAUUCUAUGUUUGACCAGCACCUGCGUGAUCUUGGGACUACGCCACCAGCGCCCCGACAUACACGGCCUCGUCUGAACGAAGCAGAUAUUUGUCCUAUCUGCCGACGAGCCCUUCCUCCAGCUGGCCUGGAUGGAGAUGAGAGCGAACGGGAGGCGCAUAUCAUCAACUGCAUCAGUGCCCGCGAUCACUCGUCUGGCGAAGGAAGUUCUUCACGGCCCAAUGCAGUGCACAUGAUAUCUUUUGUUGCGUCGGAAAAAGACUGCCUGGGAGGAGAUGGUAACGCACAAGAGUGUUCGAUCUGUAUGGUCGAGUACGAUCCAGGAGAUGAAUUAGCACGGCUGGAGUGCUUCUGCAAAUUUCACAAGGAGUGUAUUGUGUCAUGGCUGAACAGAAAGGCCGAAUGUCCAGUUCACAAGGCGUCGAAUAUGCAUUUCUAG